AUGGUGCAGAGGCUGACGUACCGCAGGCGCCACUGCUACAACAGCGCCUCCAACCGGACGCGCGUGGUCAAGACCCCGGGCGGCAAGCUGGUGGUGCAGUACCAGAAGAAGCCCACCAAGCACCCCAAGUGCGCCGCCACCGGCGUGCGGCUGCACGGGCUGCCCCAGCGCCGCCCGGCGACUCUGGCGCGCCUGAGCAAGAGGCAGAAGUCGGUCAACCGCAUCUAUGGCGGCGCCCUGAGCCACGCCGUGGUCAAGGAGCGCAUCGUGCGCGCCUUCCUCAUUGAGGAGCAGAAGAUCGUCAAGAAGGUGCUGAAGCUGCAGGCCAAGAAGCAGCAGCAGCAGCAACAGCAGCAGGCGGAGCAGCAGCAGCAGCAGGCGCAGCAGGGGCAGCAGCAGGCGGGGCGCAGCACGCUUUGGUGGUCUCUGGGCGCGCUCGCUGUUGUCGGCGCCCUGACAGCGGCUGCUGUCGCGUCGGGACACGCGGGCGCAAUCAAGGCCUACCUGGUGGACGGCCCGCUGGGCCGCAGCGGCUUCCUCGCGGCCUUCAGCCUCAUCUUCCUGAGCGAGAUGGGGGACAAGACCUUCUUCAUUGCCGCGCUGCUGGCCAUGCGGCUCGGCAAGCUCGUGGCCUUUGUCGGCUCCGUCGCCGCCCUGGCGGCCAUGACCGUCAUCAGCGUGGCCAUCGGCGUCGUCUUCUCGCGCGUGCCCGACGCGCUCAUGACCAGCCUGCCCGUGGGCGAGAUCGCGGGCGUCGCGCUGCUGGUCGUCUUUGGGCUGCGGUCACUCAAGGCCGCCGCCGCCGCCGAGCCGGACGGCGGUGCGGAGGACGAGCUGCAGGACGCGCGGUCGGUGGUGGACGAGGCCGAGAGCAGCGGCAAGGUGAAGGCCGGCAGCGGCAGGGGCGCGUCCUGGGCGAACCUUCUGGAGGUGGCGACGCUGGUGUUCCUGGCGGAGUGGGGCGACAGGAGCAUGCUGGCCACGAUCGCGCUGGCCGUGGCGCAGAGCCCGGUGGGCGUCGCCGUCGGCGCGACCGCCGGCCACGCGGCGGCGACGGCGAUCGCGGUGGUGGGCGGCGCGAUCGCGGGGCAGCACGUGAGCGAGCGGACGGUCAACGCGAUCAGCGGGGUGCUGUUCCUCGUGUUUGCGGCCGCCACGGUGUUCAGCAUGUUCUGA